AUGGCAAAUGUGAAGUCAAUGUUCGGGGAGGUUCUUCCCAAAUAAGGGUAAUUGUCUGAGGAAGAUGUAACCACCAUGGUGCUGUGUAAACCCAAACUUUUACCCUUAAAAUCUCAGACUCUGGAAAAACUGGAGAAAAUGCAGCAAGCAGCAGAAGAUACCCUUCGCCAACAGGAAAUGGCAGAAAAGAAAAAUGGGAAAAAGCCUACUGACUAA